GAGGCAAUACCUAGUGGAAGCCGUCGAAAUUGGCAAAUUCCAGCUGGCGAGGGCGAAGGAUAGCAGAGCGGCAUGUCAGCCCAGCGCCACACGUCUUUGAACUGGUACGGAUACACACCCUGACACCUACUCAACGGGGCUUGAGCCACUUUGCCCAUCAUCAUCCCUUUGCUCAGACCAGCUCGAGCUUUAACUUGGACGACAUCAUUCUCCACGACUUGAUCACUUAGUCAUUGUGACUAAACUUAGCUGCCCGGCAAACAGCGACAUCUGUUCUCUGACACAAUGGAGGUUUUGAACAAGGCAUCCCGAGUGGCCACGUCCAAGACUGCACAGCGUACACUUGUGAACGUGAGCCUCCUCGUGGGCACGUCGCUAUUUCUGCUACCCUUUGCUGCUGUCGCCUCGGUCCUCUUUUUCCGCGACUACCUACCUGAGCAAGUAGUGACGACCCCAGUCCAUCUCCAGUACGGAUCAGGAGCGAAUCCCUUUGGAACAGCAACCAUCCCGACGUCUGCUCUAAGGACGCAGCAGGAGUACGAUGUCUCCGUCACUUUGUCUAUGCCCCGUUCGCCUGCCAACACUCAACGAGGCAACUUCAUGAUUGCCAUCCACCUGUUGGACGUUGGCGCCUUGUCGGCGGGAAGCGAAAAAAUACAGCCUCAUAUUGCUCCUGAGCCAUAUGCCCAUUUCGAUGGAAAGAGAGUCCUUCUGUCUUCGCGGCGGCCCGCUUUGGUGCCAUAUCAAGAUCCAAUGGUAUCGAUGGCGUCGCGAAUCCUCUUUCUAGCCUACCAUGUUUUGUUCGCCGACUCGGAAACAUGCGUUCUUAGCGUGCCUAUGGCCGAGCGCGUUGAGUUGGCCAAGGGCUCAUCCUUGCCCGCCUCAGCAUACCUUGAGCUUCAGGGCGGCCAGGAUAUCGAGACGUACUCUGCCUCGAUUACACUGACUGCUCAGCUUCGGGGCUUGCGUUGGCUGAUGUACAACUAUCGCGUGAUGACUUUGACCGCUGCCGUCCUGUUUUUCUGGGCAUCCGAGAUCCUGUUCAUGGUGGUGGCAUGGUUGGCAUGGUCUGGGCUCUCAAGAUCGUCACCAGGCUCUGGCGUCAAUAAUGGAGGAGCCUUGUCGUAUAGUAAGUCGAUGGGUCAAAUCAAGCGAGAGGAUGGAAGUGGCAUUGAUGAGCUGUCGGAUGCCCCGAGGACCUUCCCUACCUACGGGAAUCAGGCUCCGUUACGGUAUGAGCCUGAAGUGAAGGAUGAGCAACACGUGGGGCCUCGUGUGGACGACCUGCUCCCGUUCGGUGGUGAGGCCGACGAUGAGGAAGAAGAUGACGGAAGGGGGUUCAGAGGGGACUCGGGUAUUGGGACGAGUUACAGCGAGGGAGGUUCCAGUAGUGUGCGGCGGAGGUCAUCGCAUAAAAGUUGAUGGUGCUUGCUGUGGUGGUGUUAUCACCGAAGUGCAAUUGGGAUCUAGCGAGAGUAUCUUGAGGCUUGAGGUCACAAUACGUUGGGAUGGAAAAGGUAAAAGGCUAAUGAUAAAGGCCAUUGAGGAUUCGUCAUUCACUUUAUGAAAUAUUCAUAGCCAAGCUGCUUGCGUCGACUUCCUCGGAUUGUAAAUAUACUAUGAGCCUACCUUACCUUACCUUAAGGUUGCACAAGCCCCAUGAUGGGUAAACCAGUCAACGGUCAGCAGCGAUCUCUGUG